AUGUUCGCAACCCGCGCCUUCGCGAGAUCGCGGCCAGCUCUCCGCACAAUCCGCCAACGCACAUCAACAACGAAAACGACCUUGCGCAAGAACUCUACAAACCCCUCCUCUUCCCGCGCCGUAGACCGCAUCCUCGACCGCGUCCCCCUCCGCUUCCAAAAAUACACUACCGGCCUCCGCAAAGCGCCCCUCUCCCACGUAGUCGCCUUCCUAAUUCUCCACGAAAUCACCGCCGUGGUGCCCCUUCUCGGCCUAUUCGGUUUCUUUCACUAUACCAACUUCUUACCGCUCGAGUACGUGACGGGCCAUUGGGCUGGAUAUGUUAGGGAUGGUGUUGGCAUGGCGGAGAGGUACUUUAGUCGCAAGGGGUGGUUUGGGUUCGAGGCUCAGGACCGGGGGACGAUGACGGGGCAGUUGGAGGGGGCUGGGGAGGGAGAAGCGAGAGAGAUGGAGGCUAAGAGCACGCAGGAUAUGUUGGAGAGGUGGCAGAAGGAUGGCAAGUACAAGGUUGUGGUCGAGGUGGCCAUGGCUUGGGCGAUUACGAAGGCGCUGCUGCCGGCGAGGAUCCUCGUCAGCGUAUGGGGGACGCCGUGGUUUGCGGGCGCGAUGGGCAGGGCACGUGGAAUGUUGAGAUCACGUCGAUAG